AUGUUCUAUGGUGCAGUGGUAUGGGAUCCAUGGCUAAUAGUAGCCCAAAUUGUAUGCCUUCAGUGCCUUUACUAUCUCACACUUGGUUUCUUUUUAUCCUUUCUUGUUGGCACUCGCGUCUCUCGCUUGACUCUCGUUUAUUUCUUUGAUUUCGCCACUAUAACUACCUCUACUGUCACCGGUUGGUGUGUCAUUGCCUCCCUUCUCCUCACCUCCAUUGCCGGAGCUGGGUAUAUGCUAUAUUUGAUUGAGAGAGCAAAGAAGUGCUUAGAUUUUUCGGCCACCCUCUAUAUCAUCCAUUUGUUUAUAUGCAUCAUAUACGGAGGUUGGCCUUCCUCGAUAACGUGGUGGGCUGUUAAUGGUACUGGGUUAGCAGUGAUGGCCUUGCUUGGUGAAUAUUUGUGUAUCAGGCGUGAACUCCUGGAGAUUCCCAUUACACGCCGAUCCAGUAAGAAACUUCUAUACAUGUUAAACAAACUACAUAAAAAGAACCUUAUUCAUGAAAUUUCAUUGUGCUUCAUUCCUUUUCUAGUUUUCAUAUUGUGGCUGUGCCCUGUUCUGUGUGAGGAUGGUUUCCUAUGGGGAGUAAAUUAA